AUUCUGGUGAUAGGAAAUACCGGCGUCGGCAAGUCUUCACUGAUCGCUCACGCAUUCGGAGUGAAGAAAUCGGUGGGCUGCUCACGACAUUGCAACACGUGCAGUUGCUCAUACCGUCAAUAGACUAUUUCGCAUGAUAUGCCAGGCGAAGCCACCAUCGACGACGGGUUCAUCUCGCCACAGAACGAUAGGUUCAUUCUCCAUGAUAGCAAAGGGUUUGAACCAGGGGGAAAAGACAACUUCGAACUAGUCCAAAAGUUCAUUGACCGUCGGGGGAAAAUGCAUGAUUUGAAAGAUCAGCUGCACGCCAUUUGGCUUUGCUUUGAAAUACCCUGUACAGGCGGGCGUUUCCUGGAGACCGCCACGGAGGAAUUCCUCGCAUUGAAGCGUGACAAUAAGCUAGGGAAAAUCCCCCUCAUCGUCGUUCUCACUAAAUAUGAUGAGCUCAUCAAACAAGUGAAUUUCGAUCUCCCUGACUCCGCUCUUGAAGGAUUGAGCGAGGGUGACAUCAACAAACGCAUCAAAAACGAAGCUGACACCAAGCUACAAGAAAUCUGCUUUGAACCCCUUAAGAAAUUUGCGGGGCCUAAUAUACCACACGCGGUGGUCUCUACUAAGGGAAAGUACAAGGACACGAUGACCCAUCUGAUCCAUAUGACUGAAGAACGUGUCCGUGAGCAUGUUUCGGCCGAGGCGUCGGCGAUGUCCUCCAUCGCUCAGCGAGUGGAUCCUGUACUCAACAUACAAGAAUCAAUCCGGGUUGGAAAGAGAAGAUAUUGGAAGGCGCUGGCAUCAAGCACAGCAUUUCAGAACCGUAGGAUGCGGGACUGCCUGGAUGUGCUUCACACGGACAUUGUCACUCGCAUCUAUUCUUACAUGAUUUAUGCACAGUACUUGCAUAGCUCGGAGUUUAGGACGUUGAUGCUGAACAUGGUCGAAAAGCUAGAUGUUGGACCUACAGCUGAUCCCAACAAGACCAUUGCUGUUGGGCUUCCGAUGGUGGCUGCUAUUGCGGGCAUCGUGUCUGCCCUGUCAGGACCUGCGGCUCCCAUUGUAGUACCAAUUGCGGCAGGUAUCUUAUUCGCCGCAUGGGCUCGCGAAGUGUACCGGACGUCCCACGAGGUGCUUCGGCGCUUGAUGUGCUAUAUCAUCGACUUGACCCUCGUGUUGCGAACGCUUCAUUUUCUAUCAGAAAACCAAGAACUCUCUCGCAGGGCCAUCAAGCUCGCGGUCAAUUCCUAUCUUGCCUCGUCAGUUAGCGAAGACGUCCAUACUCAGAUUCGGGAGUAUGACAAGGGAUUGAAACUUCUGGAACACGCGGAUCACCAUACGUUGGAUAAAAUCGCUGAGUUGAUGGAAUUGAAUGUCAUUAACAUUGAUGCAGACGCAAUUUCGAAACUUCGGGAACAGAUUGCGGCUGUGGGUUUAUUUCAGGAUGAAGCUUGGGAAGAGAAGAAGGCGUCAUAGUCAAUCCUUUCUUUUCUGCAUUUCUGCGCGUC